AUGGGGCGCAAUGACAUGCGCCCCUGUACUAUCUUCUUUCAUCCUGAGCGGUCUCAGGUUGCGACUGAGAUUCGUCUAAUAGACGCUUCUUUCGAACGCCUCCGACGAUGGCGGCUCACUGGCUGGGCUGUUGAUAAGCAGCCCCGUACUCCUGCUCGUUCAGCUAUCCUUGGCUCUACGAGGACUUCCGUCAUCCCACCUUAA